AGCAGGCUUUGUUUACACAGCUAUCCAACCAUGGCCGGUUAGCUGGCUCUGCUCUGCUCUGCUCCACUAAAUGCAUGUUCAGGGUUUGGAGGGAAGGAAUACCACGGCUUUCUUCACCACAACCACGGAGGAGGCCGGAGGAGCGCCGAAGUGGCUGAAACAGGAGAACAUUUUGUUCUUGAGUUUUUGUUGAAAUACUCCUUUGAAAGAGCGUCUAUCCCUCGCUGCCACUGCAAUGCUUUCAUUGGACGAGGUGGGACGUACAGUAGAUGAAGCGAAGAACAGGCGGCAACUUUUUCAUGCGUGUGUCGUGUCCUGCGCGUGAGGCACAGCCGCAGGGAAUCUGAAGACGAGGCUCAAGCUACAUAUUCUGGAUAUCUAAAUCUUCACCCAUCAGAGGAUUUGAUACUUUUUCUCUUCGUUUUUUUGCAACCGUUGCCUUUGUGUGCUAUGUACAUUGCUUUUCAUCCUGUGUCUGAGAGGAAUACUUAUUAGAAGGAUCAUUUAAAACAAAAAAAAGACGAUGGAAUGGGAACAGAGGGACAGAGAGCCCUGCUUGUCUCCGGCAGCAUUUGUUAAUCAGGUGCAAUAUUCUAAUAUUCUGGAAGGAAGAUUUAAACAGCUGCAAGAUGAGCGUGAAGCCGUGCAGAAGAAGACCUUUACCAAAUGGGUGAACUCUCACCUCGGUCGGGUGACCUGUCGCAUCGGCGACCUGUACACAGACCUGCGAGAUGGCCGCAUGCUCAUUCGCCUCCUGGAAGUCCUGUCAGGAGAACAGCUGCCAAAACCCACGAAGGGCCGCAUGCGCAUCCACUGCCUGGAGAACGUGGAUAAAGCCCUGCAGUUUCUCAAGGAGCAGAAGGUCCACCUGGAAAACAUGGGCUCGCACGACAUCGUGGACGGGAAUCACCGCCUCACCCUCGGCCUCAUCUGGACCAUCAUUCUCCGCUUCCAGAUUCAAGACAUCAGCGUGGAGACGGAGGACAACAAGGAGAAGAAAUCAGCGAAAGACGCCCUGCUGCUUUGGUGCCAAAUGAAAACUGCCGGAUAUCCCAAUGUCAACAUCCACAACUUCACUACCAGCUGGAGGGAUGGCCUGGCGUUCAAUGCCAUUGUGCACAAACACAGAUCGGACCUGAUUGAGUUUGACAAUCUGAAGAGGUCCAACGCUCACUACAAUCUCCAGAACGCUUUCAAUGUGGCCGAAAAGGAACUCGGCCUGACCAAACUGCUGGACCCUGAAGAUGUAAAUGUUGAUCAGCCUGAUGAAAAGUCCAUCAUCACCUAUGUGGCAACAUACUACCAUUACUUCUCCAAGAUGAAAGCUCUGGCAGUAGAGGGAAAGCGAAUUGGCAAGGUGCUGGACUAUGCUAUUGAGGCCGACCAGCUGAUUGACAAGUAUGAGACCCUGGCUUCAGAGCUGCUCCAGUGGAUCGAACAGACCAUAGUGACUCUCAACGACCGGCAGCUAGCCAACUCACUGAGCGCUGUGCAAAACCAGCUCCAGGCCUUCAACUCCUACAGGACGGUGGAGAAACCCCCCAAAUUCACAGAGAAGGGAAACUUGGAGGUUCUCCUCUUUACAAUCCAGAGCAAGAUGAGAGCAAACAAUCAGAAGGUCUACAUGCCAAGAGAGGGCAAACUUAUCUCGGACAUCAAUAAGGCCUGGGAGCGACUGGAAAAGGCGGAGCACGAGCGCGAGCUGGCACUGAGAAACGAGCUGAUCCGACAGGAGAAACUGGAGAUGCUCGCUGCCCGUUUCGACCGGAAAGCAGCAAUGCGUGAAACAUGGCUGAGCGAGAACCAGAGGCUUGUGUCUCAGGAUAAUUUUGGAACUGACUUGGGAGCGGUGGAAGCAGCCACCCGUAAACACGAGGCCAUCGAGACGGACAUCGGGGCGUACUGGGAGCGCGUCGCUGCUGUGGAGGCCGUCGCCAAAGAGCUGGAAGCGGAGGGAUACCACGAUGUGCGGCGCAUUCUCGCCCGCAGGGAUAAUGUGCUCCGCCUCUGGGAAUACCUAAAAGAGCUGCUUGCUGCACGCAGAGAACGCCUGAACGCGCACCGUGACCUGCAGAGACUGUUCGAGGAGAUGCGCUACAUCAUGGACUGGAUGGCGGACGAGAAGGGUCGUCUGCAGUCUCAGGACAGUGGCAAACAUCUGCACGAUGUGUUAGACCUCCUGCAGAAGCACAACCUGGUGGAGGCUGACAUUUCAGCUCAGGCAGAGAGGAUCAAGGCCGUGCAAGGAGCAGCAAAGCGCUUCACUUCUUACGAGCAGUCCUACAAGCCCUGCGAGCCUGGCCUGGUCGGUGAGAAGGUCGAGCAGCUGGGUCAGGCCUACGAAGAGCUUGGUCAGCUCGCCGGCACACGCAGAGAUCGCCUGGAAGAUUCACGUCGUCUGUGGCAGUUCCUCUGGGAUCUGGGAGAGGAGGCGGCCUGGAUCAGAGAGCAGGAGCAGAUCCUGGCUAGCGGAGACUGCGGCCGCGACCUCACAUCUGCCCUCCAUCUACUCAGUAAACACGAGGCUUUCAGGGACGAGAUGGCCGCCCGCUACGGCCCCCUGAGUAACAGCAUCGCUGUGGGAGAAGCUUUGGUGAAAGAAGGGCACUUUGGAGCCCCGCAGGUCACUGAGAGGAUUCAAGAUAUCGGUGCGCAGUGGGCUCAUCUGGAAGAGACUACUAAACUCAGAGAACAAAGCCUUAAAGAGUCAGUGGCCCUGCAUCAGUUUCAGACAGAUGCCAAUGACAUGGAGGCUUGGAUUAUGGAGACAUUCCGACAGGUGUCCAGUCAGGAGGUGGGCCACGACGAAUUCUCCACUCAGACCUUAGCUCGCAAACAGAGGGAGAUCGAAGAGGAGAUCCAGAGCCACCGCCCCGUCAUCGACUCCCUGCACGAGCAGGCCCAAGCACUGCCGCAGGCCUACGUACGCUUCCCUCAGGUUGAUGGUCGCCUCCCUGCAAUAGAGCAGCGCUAUGAAGAGCUGGAGUCUCUGUCAGCAGCUCGCCGCCAGGCUCUGGAGGGCGCCCUGGCCCUCUACCGCAUGUUCAGUGAAGCUGGCGCCUGUCAGCUCUGGGUGGAGGAGAAGGAGCAGUGGUUACACGGCAUGGAGAUUCCUACCAAGCUGGAGGACCUGGAGGUCGUUCAGCAGAGAUUUGAGACACUGGAGCCUGAAAUGAACAACCUCGGCUCUCGUGUCGGCGACGUGAACCAGGUCGCCGAGCAGCUGCUCAGCUCUGACAACUGUAAUAAAGACCAAAUCCACCAGACAAGAGACCAGCUGAACAACAGAUGGAGUGAGUUUGAAAAGCUGGCCGGUCAAAAGAAACUAGCACUGGAUUCGGCUCUGAACAUCCAGAACUACCACCUGGAGUGCAACGAGAUCCAGACUUGGAUGAAAGAAAAGACCAAAGUGAUUGAAUCCACUCAGGGUCUUGGCAACGACCUGGCUGGAGUCAUGGCGCUGCAACGCAAACUCACUGGCAUGGAGAGGGACCUCGAAGCUAUUCAGGGCAAACUGGACGACCUGAGAAAUGAGGCUGGAAAGCUUGCGAAGGAACAUCCAGAUCAGGCUGGAGAGACUCAGUCGCGCUUGGCGGAGAUCCAAGAAGUGUGGGAGGAGUUGAACGCCACCAUGAAACGACGGGAAGAAUCCCUGGGCGAAGCCAGCAAGCUCCAGGGCUUCCUGCGGGACCUGGACGACUUCCAGUCGUGGUUAUCUCGCACGCAGACGGCCGUGGCCUCCGAGGACAUCCCCACCUCCCUGCCCGAGGCGGAGAGUUUGCUCGCCCAGCACGAGAGCAUCAAGAAUGAGGUGGACAACUACAAGGAGGACUACGAGAAGAUGCGGGCAGUCGGCGAGGAGGUCACCCAGGGCCAGACCGAUGCCCAGCACAUGUUCCUGGCCCAGAGGCUGCAGGCGCUGGACACCGGCUGGCAUGAGCUGCGUCGCAUGUGGGAGAACCGACACAGCCUCUUGGCCCAAGCCUUUGACUUCCAGACGUUCCUCAGAGACGCGAAGCAGGCGGAAGCUUUCCUCAAUAGCCAGGAGUACGUGCUGUCCCACACAGAGAUGCCCACCAGUCUUCAGGCGGCGGAGGAGGCCAUCAAGAAGCACGAAGACUUUCUCACCACCACGGAGGCCAGCGAGGAGAAGAUAACCGGUGUGGUGGAGGCCGGAAGGCGCCUCAUUAACGACUCCAACGCAAACGCCGAUAAGAUCCAGGAAAAAGUGGAUUCAAUCCAGGAGAGGCACCUCAAAAACAAGAAGGCCGCAAAUGAGCUGCUGACCAAACUCAAGGACAACCGGGAACUUCAGCACUUCCUCCAGGACGGACAGGAGCUCACAUUGUGGAUCAAUGAGAAGAUGCUGACGGCUCAGGACAUGUCAUAUGACGAGGCCAGGAAUCUCCACAGCAAGUGGCAGAAGCACCAGGCCUUCAUGGCGGAGCUGGCCUCGAACAAAGACUGGCUCGACAAGAUUGAUAAGGAGGGCCAGGCGCUGGUGGCUGAGAAGCCCGAGCUGAAGCCGGUUGUUCAGCAGACCCUGGAGGACCUCCAGCGUCAGUGGGAGGAGCUGGAGGCCACGACUCGCACCAAGGCCCAGUGUCUGUUCGACGCCAACCGGGCGGAGCUCUUCACGCAGAGCUGCUCCGCUCUGGACGUCUGGCUGAAAAACCUGGAGGGCCAGCUCAAUAGCGACGACUAUGGAAAAGAUCUGACCAGCGUGAACAUCCUCCUCAAGAAGCACCAGAUGCUGGAGCAUCAGAUGGAGGUCAGGGAGAAGGAGGUGCAGUCCUUGCAGUCUCAGGCUCUGGCUCUGUCCCAGGAGGACGCCGGGCUGGCCGAGGUGGACGGCCAGCAGAGACGCGUCACCGACAGCUUCGCCAGUCUCCAGGCGCCGCUGGAGCAGAGGAGGAAGCAGCUGCUCGCCUCCAAAGAAGCACAUCAGUUCAACAGGGAUCUGGAGGAUGAAAUUCUCUGGGUGAAAGAGAGGAUGCCCGUCGCAACCUCCACAGAUCAUGGAAAAGAUCUUCCCACUGUACAGCUGCUUAUUAAGAAGAACCAGACGUUGCAGAAGGAGAUCCAGGGCCAUCAGCCCCGCAUCGACGACAUCCACAGGCGAGGCCAGACCCAGAGCCAGGUGGACGGCGAGAGGCAGUCCAUUCUCCAGGAGCGCCUCGUGGAGCUGAAGGACCUGUGGGACCAGCUGAUCGGCGAAACGGACAAGCGCCACGCCCGUCUGAUCGACGCCAACCGUGCCCAGCAGUUCUACGCCGACGCAGCGGAAGCCGAGGCCUGGAUGGGGGAGCAAGAGCUCCACAUGAUGUCGGAAGAGAAAGCCAAGGAUGAGCAAGGCGCUCUGGUAAUGGUGAAAAAGCACCAGAGCCUGGAACAGGCCCUGGAAGACUACGCCCAAACCAUCCACCAGCUGGCGAACAGCAGUCGUCUCAUGGUCACCAGUGAACACCCGGAGAGUGAAAGAAUCACUUUGAGACAAGCCCAAGUGGACAAGCUGUACGCCGGCCUGAAAGACCUGGCCGAGGAGCGUCGCGGGCGGCUGCAGGAGAGGCUGCGGCUGACGCAGCUGAAGCGCGAGGUGGACGACCUGGAACAGUGGAUCGCCGAGAGGGAGGUGGUGGCUGGCUCCCACGAACUAGGACAAGACUACGAACAUGUCACAAUGCUCAGGGACAAGUUCCGGGAAUUCGCUCGUGACACCAGCACCAUCGGCCAGGAACGCGUGGAUGGCGUAAAUGGGUUGGCAGAUGACCUGAUUGAAUCGGGACAUCCUGAGAACGCCAGCGUGGCCGAGUGGAAGGACGGUUUGAACGAGGCCUGGGCUGACCUGCUAGAGCUGAUCGACACGCGCACGCAAAUGCUGGCAGCCUCCUACGAGCUGCACCGCUUCCACCAGGACGCCAUGGAAGUGCUGGGCCGCGUGAAGGAGAAGAGAGAGGCGCUGCCCGCGGACCUCGGCCGCGAUCUCAACACCGUUCAGCAUCUACACAGACAGCACAACACUUUCGAGCACGACAUCCAGGCCCUCAGCGGACAGGUGAACCAGGUGCAGGACGACGCGGCGCGGUUGCAGAAGGCCUACGCCGGUGAGAAAGCCGACGACAUUCACAGGAGCGAGCACGCCGUGACUUCGGCCUGGGAGGGCCUGCUGGAGGCCGGUCAGACCCGCAGGCUCCUCCUGCUGGACACCGUGGAGAAGUUCCGCUUCUUCAACAUGGUGCGAGACCUCAUGCUCUGGAUGGACGGAGUCAACCUGCAGAUUGAUGCUCAUGACAGCCCCAGGGACGUGUCUUCUGCAGGGCUGGUCAUUGCCAACCAUCAAGACAUCAAAUCAGAGAUUGAGACCAGGGCAGACAGCUUCACUGCCUGUAUUGAAAUGGGAAACACUCUUAUCAACAAUAACCACUAUGCAGCUGAUGAGAUCCGAGAAAAACUGGCUCAACUCCAGGAAAAGAGAGACAAGAUCAACAAAAAGUGGCAAGACAAGAUGGAUCAUUUACAAAUUGUGCUGGAGGUGCUGCAGUUUGGCCGGGAUGCCUAUGUGGCAGAAUCGUGGCUGGCGGGGCAAGAACCUCUCGUGAGAGCGGCAGAGCUGGGCUCAAAUGUGGAUGAAGUAGAAAGCCUAAUUAAGCGCCACGAGGCCUUCGAGAAACUCGCGGCGGCGUGGGAAGAGCGCUUUGUUCUACUGGAAAAACUCACAACACUGGAGGAGCACGAGAUCCAGAGGAGGCGAGAGGAAGAGGAAAGGGCCCGCCGGCCGCCGACGCCACCGCCGGCGGAGGAGGUGGCGGCGUCUGAGACGGAGAGCCAAGCGCACGACUCCGCAGCCAGAACCAGUCUGGACCAAACCACUCUCAAUCAGUCAGUGUCGGUGAACGGAGUGCACAGCGACAAUGACACAUCUCAGCAGUCGUUAUCGCUAUCGUUAUCAGCGGGAAAGAAAUCAGAGCCUAAACGUGUGUGUAAGCCAAAGCAGCCGGAGCGAGGCUCCGAGUCCGAGUCUGUCAACGGACCGGGCAGAGACAGCGGCCUGGCGUCUUCUCGCCUGGAGCCGUCUGCCACGCUGCCGAGCCGGGGCGGCGCCGAGUCCGAGCCGGAGACCAUGGAGGGGAUGCUCUGUCGGAAGCAGGAGAUGGAGUCGCACAGCAAAAAGGCAGCUAGCAGGUCUUGGCAGAAUGUGUACUGUGUCCUCAGAAAAGGAAGUCUGGGUUUCUAUAAGGACAGCAAGAGUGCGAGCAACGGCAUUCCGUACCACGGCGAGGUGCCCAUCAGCCUGGGAGAGGCCGUGUGUGAAAUCGCUCAUGACUACAAGAAGAGGAAACACGUGUUUAAGCUCAGGCUAGGGGACGGCAAAGAAUAUCUGUUUCAAGCAAAAGAUGAGGCGGAAAUGGGCUCCUGGAUCCGAUCCAUCCUGGGCUCCAUCCCAGCGGGAUCCGGAGACUCUCCCGGAGGGCCCCGGGCCCUCAGCCGUGCCAUGACCAUGCCCCCCAUCUCCCCCAGCGCGGGCGAGGCCGGAGGCGUCACCAUGCGCAACAAGGAGGGGAAAGAGAAGGACCGCGAGAAGAGGUUCAGUUUCUUCGGCAAGAAGAAAUAGAACUCCCCCCCGAAAAGUUAUCAGUGGAAGUUACAAUUUCAACAGACUGAGACAGACGAGAGGAAAAGUACAAACCGGUCACACAACACACUGCUCACAGCGCCGGCCCCGAGCUGCGUCACGUGGUGACAGAAAACCUCCGUUUUCUUUCUCUGGUUCUCUCCCCCUCAUUGAUUUUAUGUGAUUUUUUUUUUUUUUUCUUUCACGUCGACUCACCAUUCAGAUCGAGCUGCGGAGUGAGACCUCGCUCAUUUCCACACGUCUCUGAACCAGCAGAGUCCUCGCCGGGCGCGGUCAGCAGGGAUUCAGGCCCUGUCCGCUUCUUGUCCACCAAAUUGAGUCUUUAUUUUCUCUUGAGUGAGUCUUGACCACUCUCACGUUCUAAUUCCCCGCCCCACACCUCCGCUUUCGUUUCGGGAAGGGUGGCAUCAGUCUCUAUUUCUGUUCUUGGUAUUGAUGUUAUUAACCUGAUGGAUAUCAUUGACUUUACUAUUAUUACUAUUUAUCUUUUGCAAUUGUUGGUUUGCGAAAAACUAAUUAAUUUGAUGGUAGAUGAUGAUCUUGAUUUAUGUUGUGGAGAGAAACAUUUUUUUUGGUUCCACUAGUGGCAAAUGUUGGGCUUGCCCUUGUAUGUA